AUGGGGAAUUGCGUGUUCAAAGGAUUUAGCUUAGAAGUAGAAGAAAUGAUAAAAGUUGUGACAACAAAUGGUGGUAUCAUGGAGUUGUACUCACCCAUCACGGCAGAGUGCAUAACCAACGAGUUUCCUGGCCACGCCAUCUACCGUAGCCGUGACCUCUUCUCUCAACCUCUCUUCCACAAUGAAGAACUCCACGGCGGCCAACCCUACUACCUUCUCCCUAUAAACACCAGCACUACCUCAUUGAACAAUACAAACAACAACAACAGCAUAAAUUCUUUGUCUUCCUCUACUUCAUCAUCCAAACUUACGCCUUAUCGGAUGUCGUUUGAUAAUCAGAGGAUGUUGAAGCGAUCAUCUACGGAAGCUGAGGUGUUUCCAAGGUAUAAUAGCACAGGGGUUUGGAAGGUUAAGCUAGUGAUAUGCCCCGAGCAGUUGGCAGAGAUACUGGCACAAGAGACACGAACUGAGGAGUUGAUAGAGAGUGUGAGGACUGUUGCUAAGUGUGGAAAUGGGGUCUCUUCUUCACUGGCUAACUCGGAUCAAUCAAGUUUAUCUAGUAGCCGGAAAGGAUCGUCGGAUCAGAAAUUUAGUAGGGAUAUUUAA